AUGGGCAAAAAAAGGAAGCGUCCCGUCAAGGACGACCGGCCACGCGAUCACCUGCCCAAACCUAACAGUCCGCCGCCUCCGUCACAAGCAGAGAUCCCUGAACAGUCUCACUCUCAUCCUGUCAUUUCUUUAUAUUAUCCUCGAGUGGUGACGCUGAGGCAGUAUCUCCUGCGGCGGAUACCGGUCUCUUCGAAGUCAUGUCGUCGCAGAAUCGCGGCGGUGCGUAAUGACUUGACAUCGUCCGAUCUGAAAAGCCAUGGGCUCGCGAUUUUUCUAGAUACGACACUCGUGGGCGUUUUGAAGGAGUUGUCUCCGACGUCCACUCGAAGCUCUACACAAACACGUACCACUCAAGUCGAUAGUACAGAUACUGGAGCAACCUCUGCCCAGGAAGAGCUCUUCAUCACCGUCUGCUUUUGCCUUGAUAGAGAAACAUUGGGCCGCUCUAACAGUGAUUUAUAUGAACAGAUUGUGAAUUCUGUCAUCCGAAAGUUGUUAAAAGAUAUCGGUCCCUCACGGCGAGAUCGCCAUCUCUUAACCCAUGGAUUCCAGCGUGCUUACGGGAGGAGCGGCGAAGUCCCUUGCAGUAUUCCUGGCCAUGUGGAACAGUUUCCCAAUAAAAAUGUCCAGCUGGUCAAGCAAGCCCCAUGGACGGAUGUUCUUAAUCUCUUGGGAUACAACGGAAACGACAUCAUGUUCGAACUGUUGCGUGAUUGUGGCAUUUUCACUACUGUAGAUCUUCGGAAAAGCGUAUACUAUCAAGUCAGCGGUGUGCCGCUCUUUGCGUUGGAGCCAGUCCAGAAGCCACCGCAAGCGCCUCCUGAGUCCGCUGCCACCGAAAAGAGCAGAGUGAAGCCCCUUUCCACCAGAAAUGCUCCUGCUCAAUACAAAUCGAAUAACAUAACCUUCUUUCGUCGGCGAAUACUCUAUGCACGUCCCGUGCUCGGUCCGCAGGGCAGGAUUCAGUACGGGUUGUCAAAACGCCAUGUCCUCAAUCGCUCUGGUUCUUCCGAAUCAUUGCCUGACACUGUCCAUGUGAUGAAAUACGUCUUUCCUAAGCAUUUUGGCCUCCGGAACGUGUUCAACAGCAGUGGAACUAGUUUUUCUAUCAAAGCCUCGCGUGAGGAAGAAAUAGCUAGACGCGAAAAUCAAAGACAAGCCAAAGCCCAGAAUUCAAAGCGAUCUUAUACCUACAGUCAAGGCGAACCGGGCCAAUCACCACGGAUUCCGAAGAGGCUUCGAGGAAAGCUUGUGGAGUUAGUCCGACAGUUGCAAAUUCGCCAGAGACACUGCUCCUAUUGGCAGCUACUACAAUAUUACUGCCCACUUGAGUCCUCGGGUCCUCGGAAAUUCGACACUAUCGAUAUUCAGAAUGUGUCGCAAGAUCUGGAAUCAUCGGCAUCAGGAAACCUCAUCACCCAACCUGCCGGUCCUGGUGGCGUACUCACACCUACCGCGGCUCAGACGAACCAAGAAUUCCAAACCCCCAAAAACAAUCUUUCGAAGCCUAAACUCAACCUCAUGGACUAUGCGACCCCGUCGUCCUCAGUGUCGGCUUUCUGUCGAGCCGUCCUUCGUCAAUUAUUUUCUCCGCAGUGGUACGGAGCCGGCCAACAGGGCAAUAUCAAUCAGAAUAUUGUUCUCAACCAUGUUGAUCGAUUUGUACGUAUGAGACGCUCGGAAACUCUUAGCAUUCACGAGAUUUGCAAAGGAAUCAAGGUUACGUCCAUUCCUUGGCUUGAGCAUCCCAACACCGAAGGCCAGCAGCAAAAGCUUUCCUUAUCCGACCUGCGGAAACGCACGGAGCUCCUUCACGAAUUUAUCUACUAUAUUUUCGACUCGAUUCUAAUGCCUCUCAUUCGAUCUAGCUUCUAUGUUACGGAGUCUCAAAGUCAUCGGGGUCGUCUUUUUUACUUCCGGCAUGACAUGUGGCAUCGACUAACGCAGAAGCCCCUGGCUGACCUCAAAUUGUCCAUGUUCGACGAAAUAAGGCCAGAAAGAGCGGCUAGUAUAUUGAGGCGCAGGUCUUUGGGGUACGGCUCAUUGCGACUCAUGCCGAAAACGACUGGCAUCAGGCCUCUAAUGAACCUAAGUCGGCCAAUGCUGGUAAACGGCAAAUGGGGUAAAAGCAUCAACAAAACUAUUGCACCUGUUCACAGCAUGUUGAAUUACGAGCUUAAACGGAAGCCGGCUCGACUUGGCUCGAGCAUGAACUGCGUAGGAGAUAUACACCCUCGGCUCAAGGCUUUCAAAGACCAAUGGGCAACCCACACUAAUUCUAGUCGGCCGCCUUUCUACUUUGUCAAACUUGAUAUCCAAUCCAGUUUUGACACCAUACCUCAGCAGAAACUGAUUCCUCUUGUUGAAAACCUGGUCUCUGAGGAGAGAUAUCAUGUCUCGAACCAUCAUGAGGUGAGACCGUCUGACGAGUUCAGUAGCAUGUGGCCAUCCGAUGGGUCUAGACAGAGCAAGGGUCAACAAAAGUAUGCCGGUAGAGCAGGUCCUGCUACCGAAACCCAGUCUCUAGUAGAGACCAUCGCCAACGGUGGUGUCAGCCGCAGGGGAAACACAGUCUUCGUGAGCGAUCAGGUACAAAUGGACUAUUCUGCAGAAGACCUGCUCGACCUCCUUGAUGAGCAUCUUCAAAACAACCUGGUUAAAUUUGGAAGGAAGUACUUUCGGCAGCGUAACGGAAUCCCCCAGGGCUCCAGGGUAUCUAGUCUACUCUGCAAUUUGUUCUACGGUGAAAUGGAACGAGAGGUAUUGGGAUUCCUGGAUACAAAUGAAGCAAAGCUUCUUCGCCUCGUGGACGACUUUUUGCUAAUCACUUCUAAUUCGACCCUUGCCAUGAAAUUCUUGACCGUGAUGGUCAGAGGGCAGCCCGAGUAUGGGGUCACCGUGAAUCCCUCAAAGAGCUUGGUCAACUUUGCGGUGGAGGUCGAGGGUACACACAUUCCUCGAUUGAUCGAUACUUCUUUAUUCCCGUACUGUGGGACUCUUAUCGACGUUCGCACUCUCGAAGUGCACAAAGAUCAUGACAGGAUGCUCGAAGGAGGCGACACCGCUGCAGCGGCCCUCUCAAACUCUCUGAAUAUUACUUCCUUCAAAACUCCCGGGCGCGCCCUUCACCAGAAGACGCUUACAUCUUUCAAGGCACUUAUGCAUCCAAUGUACCUCGACACCACCCACAACUCCCUCACGGUAGUCCUAUCAAACGUGUACACCAAUUUUCUCACGACGGCCAUGAAGAUGUAUCGGUAUAUGCGGGCUCUUCGCGGCCGAAGCCACCCCACGCCCGCGGUGGUGAUUCAAAUCAUCAGGAACCUGACUGAGCUGGCAUUGCGACUUGUUCAAACCAAGCGGCAGCAAUCUGGCUCGACGUCAGGCACAUCGCUAUCGACGACGACCUGCAUCGCCCAUCAUUCCCAGCUUCAAUAUCUCUCGGCGGCGGCGUUUCGGCAUGUGUUCGGUCGCAAGCAAACCCGUUACCGAGCGAUCUUGAGCUGGCUAGACCGGGUUUACAAGGCGAAUCAGCCGAAAGCCGAUAGCAAGUCGGCGCGACUAGCGCAGGUGGUACGCAAUGGCAAUUUACUCUAUGGAGGUUGGCGGUAUUGA